GAAGAUAAGCACUGGACCAAUCAGUUUCUUGAUUAUAGACUUCAUUAAACAAACAAUUGAAGAUUAUAAAGUCAAAAAUAGAAUUAGUGAGAGCUGACCGAACAGUUUAUCUGUGUAUGCAAUGAUCACAAGAAUAUACCAAGAUUUCCUACUUUUAGAUUUUAAUAUUCUCUAAUUUUGUUAGUGCUAAUGCAUGUUUACUAAUCCUUAAUUAAAAAUUAUAAUUUAAUUCCAUUCAGCAACAAAUGAUAGGAGAUAUAGUCAAUGCACUGAUCAUGUCAAAGGUUUUGUGAUACUCCUAUUUAACCUUGUUUGCUUCUUUAUUUAGUAUGAUAAAGAGAACUCAAUUUCAUUUUGAAAGAUAUCUGAGGUCCAAAGUAGAUCACUAAUGCCUGCAUUUAACUACAUAAGAAGUCCAUCACGUAUUAAGAGAGCACUAAGUUGGAAAGAAACUUUCAUUACUGAAGAGGAGUGGCAGAGUAUGGAGGAGAAUGAUAUAUCGAAAACAGAAGGGCAAGGAACAGUGCAGUCUCCAACAUCUUCAGUUGUUGCUAUAGCAAUCAGUGGGAACAAGAAUAGCAAAUAUGUGGUGAAAUGGGCAUUGGACAAAUUUGUUCCAGAGGGAGAGACACGCUUCAUGUUACUACAUGUCCGUCCGGAGAUCACUGCAGUUCCAACUCCUAUGGGAAACUUGAUUCCUAUUGCACAAGUAAGAGAGGAUGUAGCAGAUGCCUUCAGGAAGGAAGUCGAGUUGCAAGCAAGUGAAAAGCUUCUUCCUUACAAGACGAUGUUUAUUAGGAGAAAGGUGCAAGUAGGAGUUGUUCAAAUUGAAUCAAAUGAUGUUGUAAAUGCAAUAGCAGGGGUGGUAUCUAAAUGUUCUAUCAACAAGCUUGUCAUUGGAACCUCAACCCCUGGCCUAUUUUCAAGGGGAAGAAACUUAUCUGCAAGUAUCUCAGAAACUGCUCCAACCUUUUGCACAGUUUAUGCUGUGUCAAAGGGAAAACUGUCGUCAGUGCGUCCAUCGAGUUAUGAAAACAAUGGAGCUGUUAUAGAUGAUAGCAGUGAUACAAGUAGUUCUUCCAACAAUUCUACAGGCCAAAGUUUUAGCUCACAAGGAGAGAGGACGGAUCACAGCUCAACUUCACCUGCUUCAUACUCUCAUUUGUAUUCUCCUACUCGUAAAUUGCAACGCUAUCAAUCAAAAUCCCCAACACACCAUGCCCUGCAGACACUUCUCCAUAAAAGAACAAAUAUUGGUGAAACCAUCCAAUCUAGAACUUCAUCUAUCGACAUUGGAGAAGCAUUUCAAGCCCUCUCAAUUAAAAACAAUACUAAAAGAGCAAAUCUGAAUGAAGUCAUCCAUCCUAGAGCUAUGACUAUUGCUACCGGAGAAGCUGAGGAUGACAAAAGUUGCUAUUUCAGUAGCUCAGGAAUUACUGAUCCAAAUAGUCUUAAUUCAAGUUUCAAGAAAGCAAAAUUAGACAAUCAACAAUGGUCUACAAGUCAGUCUUCCAACUCAGAUGCUCCAACAGAUUCUUCAUCUGGAAGUCAGGUUAACAUCAAUUAUGACCUAGAAAAACUGAGAAUUGAGCUCAAACAUAUUCAAGGAAUGUAUGCAAUAGCUCAAACUGAGGCAAUAGAUGCUUCUCGGAAGCUGAAUGAAUUUCAGAAGCUUCGAGUGGAUGAAGCGAAUAAGCUGAUGGAGAUAAACCUUAAGGAGGAGGAAGCCAAAGAAUUUGCAGAACAAGAGAAGUUAAAAUGUGAAGCAGCAAAGAAGGAAGCUGACUAUGCAAUGGAAUGUGCUGAAAGAGAAGUUGAGAAAAGAAGAGCAGCAGAAAGCAUUGCAAACCGGGAGGCUAGAGCUAAAGAAAAGCUUGAGAAAUCAUUAAUACUACCUCUCCAUCACUACCAGAAAUUCACGUGGGAAGAGAUCAUGACGGCUAGCGCAUCUUUCUCUGAGGAUCUUAAGAUAGGAAUGGGAUCAUAUGGAAUGGUUUACAAGUGCUAUUUGCAUCAUACAACUGCAGCAGUGAAAGUUCUUCAUUCCACCGAGGCUCAUAGAACUAAGCAAUUUCAACAAGAGCUUGAAAUAUUGAGCACAAUUCAUCACCCUCACUUGUUAAUUCUACUUGGCGCAUGCCCUGAACGCGGUUGCCUAGUAUACGAGUACAUGGAGAAUGGAAGUUUGGAGGAUAGGUUGAUAAGGAAAAACAAAACACCGCCACUUGCAUGGUUUGACAGGGUUCGGAUAGCUUGGGAAGUUGCUUCUGCUCUUGUUUUCCUUCAUUACACGAAGCCAAAACCGAUCAUACACCGUGAUUUAAAGCCAGCUAACAUACUGCUUGAUCAUAACUUGGUGAGCAAAAUAGGAGAUGUUGGACUUUCAACAAUGGUUCACUCAGACUCUUCCUCAGCAAUGACGGCAUACAAAGACACGAGUCCAGUUGGCACACUUUGCUAUAUAGAUCCUGAGUAUCAAAGGACAGGAUUAGUCUCUACAAAAUCUGAUGUUUAUGCUUUUGGAAUGGUCAUUCUGCAGUUGCUUACUGCGAAACGUGCCAUAGCUUUAGCCCAUAUGGUAGAAAUGGCAAUCGAAGACAAUAACUUAGUGGAGUUGCUGGAUCAAGAAGCCGGUGAAUGGCCUAUUGAAGAGACAAAGGAAUUGGCUGUGCUUGCUAUAAAAUGCACUGAGCUUCGACGUAGAGACAGACCUGACUUGAAAGAUGAAGUUCUCCCUGCUUUAGAGAGAUUGAAAGAAGUCGCUGAUAGAGCUCGAGAUUUGAUAUAUAUCCUAUCUCCAUCUCCUAGCCACUUCAAAUGCCCCAUACUCAAGGAAGUGAUGCAUGACCCUUGUGUUGCGGCUGAUGGAUACACUUAUGACCGGAAGGCAAUAGAGUCAUGGCUAAAGGACAACGAUCAUUCACCAGUGACGAAUUCACCAUUACCACAUAAACAACUGCUGGCAAAUUACACACUUCUCUCUGCUAUCAAAGAAUGGAAGUCAGGGAAACAUUGAUACACGACUUUCAGCUAUAUUCUUAAGCUUCUUUAUAAGAAAGGAAUCUCUACCACAUGUACAUACAACUUUUAGUGUUAGUCGACAGAUUAGUCUCCUAGAUACAUGCUUUGUAAAUGAAACAACUGAUUGAAAAUAUAAAGAAUCAAAGGCAAAUUCUGCUCACUGAUGAGCUACAAUGUAAAGAAUUUUGUAAAGAACUUUUCCAAAUAAACACUUGAAUGUUAACAAGAGGUUAACAUAAACAUAAGCAAGUACUUUGUUGGAUUCUCACUUUCAUGUUUUUCCUAGUUUAUAUAUAUAUGUAGAUCGUACUUCAACAGAUCCUGUUUAACAGUAGGAGAAUGGAAAUAACGAAAACAGGUAAAAGUCAAAUACAUAGCCAGGUGUUCAUAGAUAGAUCCAGCUUUGUCAUUAUAUAGCAAAUACGUCUUGAAGGCCUAAUCAAUCAAUAGGUUAAAACCUUUUAAGAGAUGGAGCCUCAUAAUUCUUAGUAUAAUACUGGAGAAGAUUUCGUUCAUUCUUUUCAUUCUUAGAGUAUGAUACAUAAAACUGAGAAUAUUAUUGCUUGUUUUAAGAUGAAGCCAGACAACAUUUAGGUUAAGUAGCAACUUGAGCUAUGAGAUAGGUAUAAAACACUCACUAGGUCAAAGUGCUAAGGCAGAAAUGUAUACUAAAGGAGUUUUGAAGUAUAAAAAUAGGUACAUUGUUCGAGAAUGAGGUGAUUUUUCCUUUCGGCCACACCAAUAUUUUGGGGCGUAAAAGAGCAUGUUGGCUAAUGAAAAGUACCAAUAUGAUCCGAGAAAUAAAACUGCAACACCUUACCGACGAAUACUCAACCAUUAUACAAUCUGAUAAAAAUCACCUUCAAAGAAAAUUGGAUCUGUACCGUUUUAUGAAAUAAGCAGAUUAAACAUUCAUACAUAUCACUCUUUACAAAACAAAGUCAUCUAUAUAAGUAGGACAAUGGGCAGGACCUCCCGAAUGAUUCAAAGUAAAAAGUUCUGACUGUCUUAUCCUCAAGAAGAUGACAUGGAAAUUAAUUUGACUCAAAGUUAAUAUUGCUGUCUUCACCAGAAGAAGAAAAGUGAAAAAAAGAGACAUAAAUGAUAAAACAAAGAUUGUAAAUCCUGAAAUGUCGGACACAUUCCCUAUAGAAUUACUGGUUUUUGCCUUUUUGGUACUCAGUCUGCUUCCUAUCCAGAAUGGAUUCUCAAUCAAAUGAUGAACUGAAGGCAAUGACGACGUGCUGUAAGUCGAAGAAUUUAACUUUGCGGGGCUUGUAGAGGGCCAAAUAUGGUUCCUGAUUCCCUUCGCUAGCCAUAAGAGAAAUCACAUUAAAUGUAAAUUCAAGAAAAGACGAAUCUCCUGGACAUCUAGUACUAUAAACCAUUUCUCGUGAAGGUUGUUCACGUAGAUCAAUGCGAUACUUUAGGCUCCAAGAGGAAUAGUUACUUCCCAAUUCGUAUACAUGACUGAAUAGCCAACCAAAUGUAAAUUCCCAUGGACACAUCCAAAGUAGUAUAAUGUUCAUCCAUUUUUGGCAUUGGAUAAGAGUGGAGAAUUUCACUAUUACUCGGAUGACAACUUAACUAUACCAAAUUAUCUCCUAAAGUCUACUUUUAUUUCGUUUGUAACAAUAAAAUCACUU